AGUACCCGCGCGGCGUUGGUAUCGUUCUCUGCUCUUUCUCUCUCUCUACUUGCCGUCGGUGCGCGCGAUUCGUGCGAGCGCGUUUUGUCGGUGUUCGCGGAGAUACCAGGACUGCAGGUACGACGAGGAGCGCCUCGCUAUACCUCGUUUGUGGGCAGAGUAUAAUGGAGCUGGCAUGUGUGGGAGUAGGCUGCUACGACGACACACAGCUGAUUUUGAUGUCGCCGCGCGCGAGUAGCCCCUACUUUUGCGCUGGGUGCGCAUGGUAAAAGUUGACGAAACGCGCAUGACGAUGCGUGACAACGUCAGGUUAACGGUGGGCGGGAAAUUUGAAAAUGGUUUUGCGAUGCUUUGGGUUCGUCUCGCUCGCACCUGCGACUACCUCAAUUAUAGUGUAAUAACACAUCCAUGGCAACGAUCAAACACGUCGAGCGGCUGUAGCCUGCGUCCGACGCAGUUCCCGAUGAGGUUCAAAAGCGUCGGUGAAGAUGCUGCAGUCGUACGAACCGAAGAAGCACACAGUUGUGACAAAAGAGUUACUGCUGACUUUGGCGAAUGAGCAGCAGUCGCGCAGACGUCGUCGACGGAUAAUCACCGCACUUGACAAGAUCGACGAGAUUCGGCUUGAGUAUCUGAACAUUCUAAAGAUAGACUGUCUGUGGCCACUGACGAAUCUCGUCAAGUUGAAGCUCAACAACAACGCGAUCGAAAAAAUCGAAAACCUAGAAUGCCUUAAGAACCUCUGCGAGCUGGACCUCUCAUUCAACCGCAUCACGACGAUAGAAAAUCUUGAAGCUCUGGAGAAUCUUCACAUUUUAUCGCUCUACGACAAUCAAAUCGACGUUAUCCAGGGACUCGAUCACAUGCACAGUUUAGCUAUCCUUAGUAUCGGCAAAAACUUUAUACACGAUUUGGAACAUGUCCUGUACUUUCGCAAGCUCAAAGGUCUCCGCAGUUUACACGUGGCGGGAAAUCCUUGUACAGAACGCAGCGGCUACGCAAGUUACUUGAUCGCAUUCGUCCCGCAGUUGAUUUAUUACAGUUACAAAAUGAUAACCGAAAAGGAGCGCGAAGAAGCUAAUGAGAAACAUCGUCGAGCGCUUGCAAAUAUCUUGGAAGCCGAGGCGAAGAAACAGAAAGAAGUGGAAGCUGUCAAAGCUGCCGAGGAGAAAAUAGCCCAGUUGUCAGUUUCCUACGUCGAGUACCUGGACGAGGAUUGCCUGUUUCAGCAGAUGUUCUGUAAUGACGAUGAAGGUACAAAGUUGGCGAAAUUAAAUCAAGACACAGAAGCGGCUUUCGAGCAAUACAGGCAGACUUUCUCGGAGAUCUGUCAUCAACUCUACGAGCUCGGUCUCAGAGAGGAAAGCCGUAGACGCGAGGAGAUACAGGCACUGAACAACGUCGUCGAAGACAGACUCACCACAGCGACUAACAAAGCUCGAAAGAUAAUGGACAGCGUGCAAAGUAAAAGAGUCGAAAUAACGGUGCGAGUGACGCAGAUGCUGCGCGAAGCUGCGAUAGUCGCGGACGAUGCAGACUUGGACGACGACGCUAUCGACGAGAUCGACAAGGUAGCCAGGCAGUUAUCGCUCGAGUUUAACCAGUACAUCGACGUUGUCUGGAAGAAGCUCAUGCGAGAGGAAAUCGUCAUUCACGAGCAGAUUGAGGAAAUGAGCCGUAUGUUUGAGACGAACAUCAAUGACAUGGUGACGGCGUUUCUGGAGACGGUCCAGGAGUAUUUUUCGCAGUUACGCAAUCUUGAGACCGAGUACAACGAGAACCUGUCGCCCAUAGUGAUGACUUAUUUGAAUAGCAUCGAGGACGCCGAUAAAAAUCCCUUUUUACUGUCCCUCAUGGAGGAUAAGGACGCACUGACUAACUGUCUGGCCGGUUCACAUUUUUUGCAUUUACAGGUCAUUGAUGAUCGGCAAGAUCGAAUGGUGAAGCGAUUGAGAGACUGGCAGGCAAAAUUUCUGCAGAAUUUGGUUGACGACGAGACAGACAGAAGUAGGAACCGAAUUUUGGAGAUAACGCACUUUCUCGACUACCACCGAGAUAAUGCGACGGUCGCAAAGAUACUGGGUCAGCAGUCACUUCAAAUGGAAGAAAACGAAAGUCACGAGGCGGCUAGCAGCGUCGUUAGUAAAGAGGGGACGGAUCAUCAGUCCGAAGAUGACUGAACGGAAAUUGCUGUUUUGAUGUCAAAUUUUAUAUUUUAACAAAUCGUAAAAAAUAUACAUUUCCUAGCGAUCUAAUACCAUAAAUGCUUGCAUUAUUUAAAAAUUCGUCUGAGCAAUCUUGAAUAUUACUGAGUAUUAAAACUCUGGCUAUCUAUACUCAGAGCAUAUAUAAAUCUUUUACUGAUAUAAAAAUAUGAAAAGCAGUUUGGUUCAUCUUGUUCCAUCUACUUUGCUUUCUUCUUCAACGACUGCACAUACAUAUCAAGACCCUUCUGGACCUGAGGCAUUUGCACGUAAUUCAAGAAAAGCUGCAUGUCCCACUCGCGGUUUCCUUCCAACCAAGCAAGUGUUUCCUUUCUCAUGCUCAACUUUGUUGCUUCUCGAGCUUCACC